AUGCUAACACGUUAUGAAAUUCAACUAUUGAAGAAUCUUAUUAGCUUGCUCACACCUAUCGAAAGGGUCAUUACAGAAAUAAGCGGCGAUUCAUAUCCAACGGCGAGUGUCAUUAUACCAAUAAUACAUUGUAUGCAAGUAGCAAUAUGCUCUUGGGAACCAAAACAAUUGGAAGUCGAUAACAAUGUGACGGAAACAAGUAUACAGUUUAAGAAUCAUCUUCUGGCGUUAACAGAGCAAAAGUUUAAAGUUUUGGAAUUUAAUCCAAUCCUUGCAAUCUCAACUAUGUUGGAUUCGCGAUUCAAGAAACUACAUUUUCAAUCUGCACUGGCAGCAUCCUCAGCAAUUACAAAAAUUAACACCUUAAUGAAACCUAAUACAGUUUCUGAAAUUCCCAAUAGGGUUCCGACAAGAUCAUCAAAUAAUGAAUCAAGUAUAUGGGAAUAUCAGGAUGAAAUAGUGACUAAAAAUAUUGAUUCGAUAAGCAAUGACAAAGAAGGUCUCAAUCUUGAAUUACGACAGUAUCUUAAUCAACCAGUAAUUUCACGCUACCAAAAUUCUUUGAAACACUGGGAAACUGUCAAAUCAGCGUAUCCAUCACUAUAUAAAGUAGCCAUGAAAUAUCUAAGCGUCGUCGCAACGUCUGUUCCAUCCGAGCGAUUAUUUUCCAGAGCGGGAGCAAUUAAAGUGGAAAAUCGCAGUAGACUUUCGG